AUGCUAAUACUGCUGACAGUUUGUGCUCUGCUUACACGGGCUGAUCCUGCAUCCAGUGUGAGUAUUCCCAGUUCUCAAGCUUCGAGCAGCGCGUUUGUUCCAAUUCAUCGGUACUUGAGGAAGCACACGCGAGCAACUUUCGAUGGAGAUCACGUCGCCUUCGAAGACCGAACGAACGGUAUUAAGCUUCCAGCGAUGAUUAAAAACCUCAUCAAGUCGAGUGGGCAGACGCUAACAAAGCUUGCAACAACAUCGAAGUCCGACAAACAGGAAACCAUAGAAAAUCUUUUCCAGAGCCUCAAUGUUGGAGCGGUGGAGGGGAAGCUUUUUGAGAGCGCACCGUACCAAGCGUGGGCCAGCUCUGUAAGCAACAUCUACAAGAAGAAACCUGAACUGGGUCAAGAGACCAUGUUUAGAACACUGGUAGCUCACUAUGGUGAUGAAUCUCUGGCCAAGCUUUUAGCUCAAGCACGUCAAGACUCAACGACGAAAAUCAUUGCAGAACAGUUUGAAAACAUUCAGUUCAACAAAUGGAUCGUUCAGAGGAAAACGGCGGACGACAUCUACGGUCUUCUAAAGCUGGACGACGAAGUGGACAAUGUUUUUAUGAACCCAUCGAUAGGAACAUGGGUCUCCUACGUAAGUAGACUUGACACGGUGGACCCGUACAAAUGGCUGGCAGUGAAGCUGACGACGCGUUAUGGUGAAGAUGGAUUAGCUCGCAUGGUAACUGUAGCAAAAAGGCGUGGCAAUUAUCUUGACAAGCACACGGCUAAUCGUGUGGAGUUUGCACAGAUCAAGAGCUGGGUGAACGAUGGAAAGACGUUAGAUGACGUUUUCAUACUCCUGCGACUGGAUAGAGAAAAUGUCUUGAAUAAUCCAGCUUUAGACACGUGGAUAUUUUUCGCAAAGCGGCUGGACAAGGAAAACCCGUAUAUGUCAAUGUUUUCGGCGAUGAAGAAACGCUACGGUACCGAUGUUGCUCUUGAUUUUUGGAGAGUUGAGAAAAUAACUGCAGACCAGGCAUUUAACUAUCUCGGCCUUCGAAUAGGUGAUGAAUUGUUUAAAAAUCCACAUCUGAAUACCUGGGUGUCUUACGUCAACAAGCUCAACAAGUACGAAAGAUCCCCAGAUGAGUUCGCCGUUGUCUCAAUGUUAGAGGAGCGCUUCGGUGAUGGUAUGGAUCUUGCACGCAAGCUUUAUGCUGCUGAGAAAGUCGCUACGGUCACAGAAGAUACUAUUACCAGCUUGCGGACACUGCAGUUCAAGAAGUGGAGCGAAGCCGCCUGGGUGCCCAAUUACGUUGCACAAAUGCUAAGGAAACGGGACGACGUGAGCAACGGGAGUAUAAUGGGCGAGUACCUCAGUUUUUACGAUAAAUACUGGGAAAACUUUUUCAAGACUUGGUUGGUAAAGCGUCGAUAAGUCCGAACAGUCACCAAUUUUAAAGGACCGCAUUCGAGUCCAGGAAUUUCUUAGCAGAUCAUCAAUGCUGCCGAUUCUUUUGGUGCUCUCGAUAAAUCAAAACGACCAGUAGAUCCGACAGCUUCUACAAUCUCGUAGUUAUCACUGCCACCAAUCAAUAACUAGAUACUUAAGUACACAACAAUAAAACGUGUGUUCGUAAGUGCCACAAUUGCACUC